AAAUUGCAACGAUGGCAUGUUCUCGAGGUCUUCAAGGUUCUUCCGUGUGGAUGUGAUAGCGAAUGUACAUGCGUCAUGUAGUCGCGUUGUGUGUAUUUGCGAAACGCGUUUUCUUAUUGAAAUAUAGAACUGUAUCUGUAUAUUAUGAGGAAUAUUUUUAACCUUCAGUGGUUUUUCAUGUUUCAAUUUAUUGAUAGUUUAGCAACGUACGGCGGGCGACAGAGAUCCAGAGAAAAGUACGAAUGUCCCGGUCGACUCAACUAUAGACUCAAACCUCGGCUUUGCAAAUGGGGGACUGUAUGCGAGAACGAUAAAGAUUGCCCGAAGAAUGCGAACUGCGUUUGCAACGAAGAUUGUGGAUGGCGAUGUCUUAAUCAAACAUCUUUCGUUUGUAGCGAGUGCAAGAACGGUGCAACUUGUGAUGAAAUUCGGAGUAAAUGCAGAUGUCGUGUGGGUUAUGAAGGCGUUUAUUGUCAAAAUGACACUGACGAGUGCAAAAAUAAGUCUCUGUGUUCACCACAUGGUACCUGUAUUAAUGGACAUGGUUCCUAUAUGUGCAUUUGCCAUGCUGGUUUUACUGGCAGUGAUUGCCAAAUCGAUAUAGAUGAUUGUAUUCCAUCACCUUGUAAAAACAAUGGGACGUGUCAUGAUCGACCUGGGAGGGCUAUUUGCCAAUGCAAAGAACCGUAUAUGGGUCUGCUAUGUGAGCACAUUAACCAGUGCAAGGCGAAUAAAAAUUACUGUAAUGGUGGCGGCGACUGCAGAUACAACGAGAACGGCUCGGCGACCGGAUGCGACUGUCGGCGAGGAUAUUCAGGCGCUUUUUGUGAACAUGACAUUGACGAAUGCGCACAAAACCCGUGUAGUCAUCAUGCAAACUGUGUGAACAACCACGGUUCAUAUCAAUGUGUCUGUAAAAAGACUACACUGUUCAUUUUAAGCACAAAUACAGGCAUAAAGUUGCGCAACGACUGUACCACUAUCAUCGAUUACUGCAACAGCUCUCCGUGCUGGAAUGGAGGCACGUGUUUCUCUAAAACUGGUAGUUAUGAAUGCCUGUGCAAAACUGGUUUCUAUGGUACAUAUUGCCAAAAAAAAACCAAUGGAUGUGACAGCAAUCCUUGUGAAAAUAAUGCCCAGUGUGUUAAAAUAGAUGAAGGAUAUCGCUGUAAAUGUCCUGUAGGAUAUACCGGUCCAACUUGCCGGGAGUCGAUAAAUCGCUGUGAUGAUGAUCCAUGCGAAAACGGUGGAAACUGCACGAGUGUUGGAAACGCUUUUAUCUGUUCUUGCCCCAGCGGAUACACCGGUCACAAUUGCAGCGUUAAUAUAGACGAUUGUCGUAAUAUGAGUUGCCAUAACAACGCGACGUGUGUAGAUGGUUUGAACAUGUACACCUGCUCAUGUAAAGAAGGGUUUGAGGGGACACUUUGUGAUCGUGAUAUAGACGAAUGUGGUAACGAUCCUUGCAAGAAUGGCGGCAAUUGUACCAAUACACACGGGGAUUAUAAUUGCGAAUGUCUUGUUGGUUUUACCGGUAAAAAUUGCGACAAGAACGUAGACGAUUGUGCUCGAGUAACGUGUUUGAAUGACGGAAAAUGUAAGGACUUUCUCAACAAUUUUACUUGUGAUUGUCAUCCAGGCUUUGAAGGGAAAUUUUGCAAAAGGAAUAUCGACGAAUGUGCGUCGGGUCCAUGUAGAAACGGUGGCACGUGUCUCGAUGGGAUCGCUGACUACAAAUGUUUGUGUACAAGCGAAUGGAGCGGUAAAAAUUGCACGACAAAAAAUGACAAAUGCAAAAUUAAUCUUUGUAAACAUGGACAUUGUGUGGUCAGCGGCGAUUCGGUUGUAUGCAAUUGUAAGCCGGGCUUCACGGGGAAGUUCUGCGACACUGAAAUUAACGAGUGUUCGUCGUCACCUUGUCUACAUGGAACAUGUAAAGAUGCUGUAAACGAUUACAACUGUUUAUGCGAGGGAAUAUGGAUGGGAAAGAAUUGUGACAAACUUGCAUACCACUACAAAGAAAUAUUUUGCUUCAACAAUGGCGUACCUGUGAAUAAAGGGUCUGGUGCAGAAUGUGAUUGUCCCUACGGCUUUUACGGUGCUCAUUGCGAGUACUUGCAAAAUUUAUGUAAGGAUGCACCGUGCAAGAAUGGAGCUACCUGUGUAACGGGGAUUGGGAACUACAGUUGUUAUUGCGAUUUUGGUUACCAAGGUCGUCAUUGCGAGAAGAAAAUUGAUUGGUGUCAUCCUAACCCUUGCAAAAACAAUGCACCGUGUAUACCUGAGGGCAAUAGCUAUAACUGUGAAUGUGCACGUACAAAUCACACCGGCCACCUUUGUCAUAUCAGAAACUGGAAGUGUGACAUUGAUGGUAACAGAUGUUUAAAUGGGGCUAAAUGUGAACCUCGAGGUGCUUAUUCCACGUGCAAAUGUGCGCCUGGAUAUUCAGGCUAUCUUUGUGAGAUAAAUGACGAUGAUUGCAAAGCCGGUCCUUGUAAAAAUGGUGGCACAUGCAUAGACGGGAUAAAAAACUACACUUGUCAAUGCUUUCCCGGAUUUACUGGCACGAACUGCGAGAAUGAUAUCAACGAGUGCGCCAGCAAGCCUUGUGUACACGGAAAAUGUUUUGAUCUCGUCAACGAAUACGGUUGUAAAUGUGACGAGGGGUGGGUGGGUACGAACUGUGAUGAAAAUCCGAACGAUUGUAGCGUGGAUGCUUGUCUUCACGGUGGUAAUUGUACUGAUGGCAUAAAAACUUUUGCAUGCACAUGUCCGCCCGGUUUUAAGGGCGCUCGAUGUGAAGAGGACGUUGAUGAAUGCCAUUCGAAUCCAUGCCACGCAAUCGGGACAGAAAGAUGCGAAGAUCGCGUCAAUGAUUACUUUUGCCGUUGUAAGCCAGGUUUUGCAAAGCGGACGUGCUCGUUUGAAAUAAACGAAUGUUUAAGUAAUCCAUGUCGGAACGGUGGCACAUGUCUAGACAAGAUUGGUCGGUAUGUGUGUAAAUGUAAAUAUGGUUGGAGCGGUUUAAAUUGCGAACGACGAGUCACUUCGUGCGCAGACAAUCCAUGUUUAAACGAAGGUGAAUGUAACGAUAAUGGUGGUAGUUAUGUCUGCGUGUGUAAAGUUGGUGUCUUAGGAAUGCAAUGUGAAUACAACCAAAACGAUUCCUCCGACGCUUGCGAAAACGGAACGACGUGUAUCGAUGGAUUUAAUGAUUGGAAGUGCGAGAGGUGUAAACCUGGUUACGUAGAUGAAAAAUGUCAAUUGAGUGUUGCCGAGAACUGCGGGAUUGUCUGUAAAAACAAUGGCGAACUUGUUGCGAACAGUUGCAGCUGUAAAUGCAAAGACGGUUAUACUGGUGAGAGAUGCGAAAAAGGUCCUGAUUCCCUUCCGGGAGAUUCGCGGUGUCCAUACACGAACUGUUCACAUGAGUUUGAUAGAAAUGCUGAUUGCAAUGAUAAAUGCAACAUUGAAGCGUGCGAUUUUGCCGCUGGAUCCUGUUCAUUGAAUCGCAGUCGUCCAUGGAAAGAGUGCCCUCACAGGAACUGCUCACAACUAUUCAACAACGGUGGGAAGUGUGAUUUCGCUUGUAAUAAUGCUAACUGUUUAUUCGAUGGCUUCGAUUGUCGUGCGCCUGUGCGUCAUUGCAGAUACAUGAAGAAAUGCUCCGGGAGUCUAGCGGACAAGCGAUGCGAAUCGAAUUGUGACGAUGUUGGUUGUGGUUACGGUGUAAUGUAUUGUCGUAAUGACACAAAACCAAAGCUGUGGUAUUUUGGUGAUGUCUUUAAAAUUGACGUUGAACUCUUUCAAUCUCAGAAAGGCGAGUUUUUGCUAAAUAUGUCCGUGUUGCUUCGAACUGUUGUGUUGAUUAAUGUUAAACAAGAUGGAAAAGAAGAUAUCGAGUCUGCCGUUGUCAGCAGAAGGAAAAGAUCGAUGCUAAGAUUUCGACGAGAAGCUGAAUCUGGGUCUAAGGUUGGCCUGAAGAUCGACAACAGAUAUUGCAAGCAAGAUUGUUUCAUCUCAAAUUAUCAGGCAGCCAACUAUCUGGCAGGCUUGAAAACCAAAGGCGUUAAAUUGCCGGGCGAUCCGUAUAAAUUAGAAACUAAAUCCGCACCAAAACCUGAACAAUCUACAACACCAACUGAAAAUAUCCUGUUGAUCGCCAUCAUAUGUGUUACAAUUCCUUUAAUUGCCAUCGGUGUGAUCGUUGGAGGCAAGCGUGUGUUUGCCAAACUUUGGGUACCCGAAGGUUUUUCGACGCGUAACGUACGGCAGCGUUCACAACGUCAUGCUCCGAUCGGAGAGGAUUCGGCCGAUAAGAACUCAAUGAGCAAAACAAGUUCCUCCGAAGAGAUGACGGAAGAUGUUUGCCCUGGGCGAGUUUGUCCGCCAAAGCGCAUGAAGCUUAUUGAUUCUGACGGUCCAUUGAGGAUUGCGAAUCGACCAGAUAAUAGGCAAUGGACGACAUUACACAAGGAGGUUGCAAACGUGAAUAACAGGACGGUUUCGAGUCUUUCCGUGCUUACACCUCCCCAAGAAGGUCAAGAAAGCACAGCAGCGCAGAACUCUAACGUUAAUGCGGUUGGUCGUGGAAUCACCCCCCUGAUGUUGGCUGCAUCACGUGGCAGUUACCUCGAUGAAGUUUGUGAAGACGGAAAUAGUGAUGACAGUGGAUCACAGGUUGUUGGGGAGCUGAUACAAUACGGCGCUCGCUUGGAAUUGAGAUCAGAUGAAUAUAAGGAAACGGCAUUGCAUCUUGCCGCCAGACACGUACGCGCAGAUGCUGCGAAAAGACUCCUGGAUGCUGGGGCUGAUGCAAAUGCCCGUGAUAGAACGGGUAGAACUCCCCUACAUUUAGCUGUUACUGCAGACGCUCAAGGAGUGUUUCAGCUGCUACUACGACAUCGCACGACAGAGCUCGACGCUCAGUCCGAUGAUGGAACGACUCCUUUGAUCUAUGCCGCUCGGUUUAUGGUUCAUGACAUGGUCGAUGAACUAAUCAAAGCUGGAGCGAAAGUAAAUCUUAGUGAUAAACAAGGCAAAACAGCUUUGCAUUGGGCUGCUUCUGUCGAUGACGAAAAAGCUACGCGGCUUCUUCUAAAAAAUAACGCGAAGAAAGAUGCCCAGGAUUCCAAAGGUCAGACUCCACUUUUCCUUGCUUCCAAAGAAGGAAGCGCGUCAGUUGUGAAAAUACUUCUUUCAUCGUUUGCCAACCGCAAGCUUGCUGAUAACAUGGAUCAAUCUCCAUUGGACAUUGCUAAGCAACGAGAGCACGCUGAUAUUGUGGCACUCCUCUCUGAUUGGUCUAUUGGUUGUAAGUCACCGACUGCCGCUCCCGCGCCUACGUCACCAAAUGAAGACAUGUCGACCCUGGCAUGCAGAACGUUAUCUCCACCCGAUGUCAGGCCUAAGAUAAACGGCAACCCAGGAAUAGUCGGGCGGGCAGGUUCAAGCUCGAAGCCUUGCAAGAAGAGACAACGAAGGUCGAGGGAUAUUGGCGAAAGUCAACCACCAGUUCAGGUUGCCAUCUUAAAUGGUAGUACUGGCAAUAGUACAUCAUCACCUCAUGGUUUAUCACCUUUCAGUAAUAACAGUUGCGGAGGCAGUCUUAGUCCACCUAACUCGGACUUUUCACCUCCGUUACGUCAUAUGGACAGCAUGACGUCACCGUUUCGAGACUCGGAUCCACUUCACGGUGGAAUCCCAGACGCGGAAUUCUACUCUUUUGCGGAGAAGAUAUACGGAAGCACUCAUUCCGGUGAAGAAAAUUUCAAUCCGGAGUUUUUGAACUUUGAAAAUAAUCUUGAUAUUGCGGAUUUCGAGCUUAUGUUGAAUAGCCAACCGGCACAGCAAACAAAUACAAAUCAAGACUGUUUGUAUGCAAAUCAGAGUCCACCGGGGAAUGUACUUCCCAACGGAGUGAAUAAUCCGACGUGCAUGCGUCAAAAGUCCCCUGUAGCUCCAAAAACGUGGGUACGAUCUCCUUCUGAAAUAGCUGCGUGGAAUGCAAUGUCAAGUAACAAUGCGCCUUUAGUCCAGAUGAACGGCGGUUAUCAUCGUGGAAAUAGGAAUCGAAACUCACAAUAUCCAACCCUCCGUACGAACUUUCACCGACAUCACACUCGCCCGAACAAUGGGGCUCGGGUUCGUCGCCGUUAAGAUCCUCGAACUCGGAUUGUUCGACUUGCUAAGUCGGGGGUUUUUUCCGUACGGCGUCGUGAGUUGGCUGAUGCAUGGUUUAAUCUACCAUGUAUGGUGCUAUUGCAGUCCUUUUAGCUUGAAUCUUGAUGCUAUACCAUUAACCGAUACAUAAAAUGAUGAUUUACAUGACAAGGGUAUCAUCAUCCCGUUUGACCCGAGGAAAGUACUGAAAAAUAAAAAAGAGAUAGCGAACGCGUUUUUCUUCGAGUUCUAUGAUAAGGACAAUUUUGAAAUCCUCUUAUCGAGGAAAGAAGAAUUGAAAUGUUUUCGUUCAAAGUUUUAUAAUCACGCGCGUUUUGUUCAGGUGUUGUAUAAUUUUGUUAUGGAGUUUAUAUAAUAUGCCGCAGUUUAUGACUGUAAUGAGCAACCAACUUUAUUGGUAAUUGACGUUGUAGAGAUGGAUCUUAGUUCUAUGAACGAGAUAAUAUAUUUUGGUUGUGUUAUUUAUGUUGAUGUUUAAUAUGUAAAUAUAUAAUAAUUUUGAUACAAGCGCCUUUUAUUUCGUUAUAACCUCGAAAGCGCUUGCUUUUAUAAAAAUAUUUUUAUGCAAGUACAUACCAUGGUUGUGAGAGUCAACGACUAUUUAUGAUUUUGGUUUGCUACAAGUUAUUUCGACGUGUUUGUCAUGUUGAAAGAACAUUUAGAACUACUUUAUAUGUAAAGUAAAUUCGUAUAAUAGGCUUUGUGAGUUUUCGGAAUAAAGUUAUUUUUGCAAAAUG